AAGUUGGUAGUACGUCUGACUAGAAGAUAGGCUAAGGCCUGAAGGGUGGAAUCUGACACAGCUUUCAAGACAGGAUGGAAUCAACAAAUUUUAGUAUAAUUGGAAACUUCUUCUUCUUCUUCCUCCCUCAGAAUUUAAAUCCAGAAAGAAAGAAAGAAAGAAAGAAAGAAGCACCACCAUUUUCGUAUUUCCUUGCAUUUCUUCUUUCUAACCGUUUCUUUCGAAACAUUUCCUCCCUCGCUUUCUUCUUCCAGUAAAUAAAUAAACAGUUUUUUUUUUACAAAUUCAUUAAAAAAAUCUAAACUUUUGAUCCCUAAUUUUUUUUUUUUUUGAUAAAAAUCACACAUUUUUUUGAUCUUUGAUUGAUAAUAACUGAAACCCAUUUCGUGAAGAUAUUUCUCCUUCCAGAGGGUGUAAAUUUUUUUGUUCAGAUUUGAUCUGUUGAGAAAUGUCUACAGUCAGAGCAAAACCAGUUUUAAUGUCUUCUUCUUCUUCGUCUUCCUGUGGACUUGAAUCUUUAAAUACGGGGUUUACGAAAUUAGGGUUUAUACAUUUUGGGGAAUUGUCUAAUAAUGUGGGUGUUGGAUUAGAUCGGAAGCUGUGUAUCUCUAGUGUAUCUAGUGUAAGAUCAAAUUUUCUACAACCGAUUAAGGCGAUUGAAGAUUCUAAAACGACUUAUUUGAAUGGGAAGAAGGGUGAUAACUUUGUUAGAAAUUCUAAAGAUUCUGAGAUACAAUCAUCUGAUUGUGAUUGUCCUGGCAUUUCUGGGAAUAAGACUAUCAAGGUCUCAAGCGUUGGAAAGUCGACAAACAUUGCAUGGCAUGAUUGUUCAGUUGGGAAGCUUGACAGGCAACAAUUACUUCAGCAAAAAGGAUGUGUUAUAUGGAUUACAGGACUCAGUGGUUCAGGGAAAAGUACAGUAGCAUGUGCUUUAAAUCGGCACUUGAACCAUAAAGGAAAGCUAUCUUACAUCCUUGACGGUGACAAUGUUAGGCAUGGCUUGAACCGGGAUCUUAGUUUUAAAGCAGAGGAUCGCGCGGAAAAUAUCCGGAGAAUUGGAGAAGUAGCAAAACUCUUCUCAGAUGCUGGUGUCAUUUGCAUUGCUAGUUUAAUAUCUCCAUAUAGAAUGGAAAGAGAUGCUUGCCGUGCACUAGUUCCAGAUGGGGAGUUUAUCGAGGUUUUCAUGGAUGUGCCCCUUCAUAUAUGUGAAGCAAGGGACUCAAAAGGCCUAUAUAAACUUGCUCGUGCAGGAAAGAUCAAAGGUUUUACUGGAGUUGAUGAUCCGUAUGAACCACCAUUGAACUCUGAGAUUGUAAUACAAGUGAAAGAUGGACCAUGUUCUUCUCCAUUUGACAUGGCUGAUCAAGUGGUUUCAUAUUUAGAGGAGAAGGGUUUCCUUCGGGCUUAGCUGUUAAAAAACAACCCAAAAGAAGAGGAAGACAGGAUCAUUCUGCAAUGACCUUGAGUAUAUUUUUCAGCUGUGAGAAAAUGCCUGAUUCUGCUAGUCUCCUUGUUCUUUUAAGCCUUCAAUAAGUCCUUAAAUUUAAUUAAUUCAUCUUUCUUUUGUUUUUGUUUGUUGUUCUUUAAUAUCCCCCCCCCCCCCCUUUUUUUUGCCUCUUCUUCAUAAGUAAAGUCAAUGUAAUGGGGAGUGGUGGAAUCCGUUCUGUUAUAAAUAUGGGGUCAGUAACAUGAUACUCCCGUGAUCAAGGGAACUGUGUAAUUAUUGUCAUCAAUGAAAAUGUUUCCUUUAUAGAAAUUUUGAAAUU